UCAUAAUUGAAGAGUUCGUCGUCUCGAAUGUACACAACUUUGUCAUUGUCUCCUUUUAACAGCUAACAAACCAACGAUGCCUGCAAAUAACAGAUAGAAAAUUGAAAUAGGAUGGCAUCUGUAAAACACAAAAAUGACAAAAAGUUGUUCCAGUUGAAAAAAGAAAGUAAGAAACUGCAUGCUGAAGUUGAGGCAUUGGAAGAUGCUCUCAUGCUACAUCAACGAUACAAACAUGAUAAUGACACUAGUGUUAGAGGUCUACUGAGAAAAGAAAUUGGAGGAUCCAUUUGGCAGCGUGGGGGAUCAGGUAAAUUACAUUCAUACAGGACUGCAAAUGACUUAGAAGAAUCGGAAAAAAAUGUUUCAGAAUCAAGAGUAAAUAAAAGACGACAGAGGAGAAAUAAACAAUAUGAAGCUAAUCAAAAAGAAAAUGAAAAAGAUAAAGUUAAUUCAAAGCAGAAUGAACUGGUUGCAAAAUCUGUAGGAGUUCCAAUCCAUAACAAAAAUGGGGAUAGUGCUAAUGAUGAAAGCAUGGACAACAAAGGUAAACAUGGAAACCAGAAAGACCAUGUGACAAAAACAACCAAUGGAUUGAAAGUAGAUUCAAAUUUUGAAAUUGAAGCUGAAAAGGUUUCCAUUUUGAAGAACAAAGUUUUAGAAAAAGCAAGUGUAGGUGUGAUUCAUCGAAAGCAUACUACACCUAAAGGACACACGGAUUUAAAAUCAAAUUUUGAUUCAAAUAAAAAUUCUUCGAAAAUUUCAAAUGAAACUCCUGCCAAACUUCAGUCAGCUUUAAAAAAUGUUGACAAGUCAAAGCAUGACAAAUAUGAUGAUGUACAAAAUAUGAGAAAUAUAACUAAUCAAAAUUCAGAGAAAUUACAAAAUGAUGGACUACUUAGGGGGAAGCCUCCAAGUACCAAACUAAAGCAGACCAAUAUCAAACCUUCACAAGCAUUAGAAAGGUGCAGAGAUAAUGAAGUUUUUAAAAUAUUAUCAAUGCCUAGCAACCAAAGGCCUGAUCAGUUACCUAGCAACCAAAGAUCAGACCUGGUACCAAAAUCAGUUUCAGGAGAAAAUAUGGUGUCUAGUCAAAAUGAAUCAAACAAUUCUAAUAGGGAGCAAACAAUUUCUAAAUGUGAUCCUCUUGUGAAAGAUUGGAUUCAAAGCUUAGGACUUAUGGAAGAGGAGAAGUAUUUGAAAAUGUUUGCAGAAAAUGAAAUCGAUAUGGAUGAAGUUUCUCAACUAACAGCAUUACAACUGAAUGAAAUAGGAAUUACAGCAUUUGGUGCAUUGAAUAAAAUUCUCAGAGGUAUAAAAGAAUUGAAACAAACAAAAACCUCAUUGGAAGUAAGACCAACCAAAAAUCUUUCAUCUAGUCUGGAUUUCAAAAACGUUUUAAAUAUAGAAAAUGAGAAUAGACAGUCCAAAACUUUAGGUCAUACUGAUCAUGAUUUGAAAAGAAGUAUGACAUUUGAAGAGCGUUUAAGUAAUAUGGAUCAGUCAAGGACUAAUUUACGAAGAUCCAGAAGUUUUGCAAGCUCUGCAUCAAAAAGUUUGUAUUCUUCAAAUACUUUGCGAGCUUCGCUUGAUGAUGGCAUGGCAGAGAGAAUGAAGAAUGAGAAGGCAAAUCUGAAAGACACAAAUUUUGAAUUAAAUACAAUGUCGGUUGUGCGAAAAAGUGUGAAUUCUCCUGUUCAAAAUAUGGAGAACCUAAAAAUCACUGAUAAAGACAAUCAGCCAGUCCAAAAUGAAGAGAAAGUUAAAACUCUCAGAAAAAGAUCCAAUUCUCCAGCUAGAAGACUGGCUAGCAGUCCAGCAAGAAGGAAGACUAAACCUGCAGACAAAGCUGCUGAUUCUGAUGUCCCACCUAAAAAGAAAUGUGACAAUGCUCAAACAGGACAGAAGAGUCCAUUCUCCAGGCAGGGGAGUGAUGUUGGUGAAAAGAAGAGCACACUGAAUAGACAAAAGAGUGCUAAAUCUAAAAAUACACCCGUUCUCUGGCCAAGAGCCAAAUCUGCACAGGUGGCUGAAAAGAAGGCUAAGGAAGGGGUUGCUGCAGCAGCUAAAAAAUUUAAUGAAAAACAGAAACAGAUAAUAGAAAAGGAAGAAAAACACACAAAAGCAAAGAAAAUAAAGAAGGUACAGAGAGAUGAAAUGGCAGCAAGGCAUGAAAAUAGACAACAGGCUGAAAUUGACCAAGAAGAUGACAUGGAUGAUGGCAGAGUAGAUAAACUAGACAGAGAAUAUGAGCAGGAGAGACUGGUGAUAUCAGAACUUGAUCAGGACAUCAGUAAAUUGAUAUCUGUCACAGUGUUGGAUCCUGUCAACAAGAACAAUGAUUAUGUAGAAAUUCCAAAGAAAGAAGAGAAACCUAUGGAGAGACCCAGACCUAGGUCGUCAAGACACGUCAGACAGAGUAUAAAUAAACCAAUCUAUAUUGGUGCAGAUUUCCCUGGUGACUUUUUACCCACUGGUCAAGGCAAGAGGUAUCAGUCUGCAAGAGAAAAUGAAGUAAAAACAAUAGAGUCACAGAUUGAAGAAUUACAAAACAAGGCAUUGUCUGGUGAAAUGGUUACCAUGGAUUUAGUGAAAGGACUCCAACAAAGACUGGAAGAGAUUGAACAACAGAUAAAGGAUACAAAACCCCCAAAAAUAAAACAGAAACACAGAAACAUGGAGCCCAAAUAUCCAGUGUCCAUGUCAGUUAGAGGGAAGGAAUUUAUCAGUGAGAUAGAAAAAGAGAAGGAUAGUAGACCAAUUAGGUCACCAGAAGUUUUAAAGGUCAACGAUCCUUUAAAGUCUAUAGAAAUUAACAGUGAUGACAUCAUGUUUGAUGCAACAGAUUUAAUUGGAGAAGGAACAUUCUCCAGAGUAUACCAUGGUGUGUGUCUUGGAACAGAGGUAGCCAUAAAGCAGCUAAAAAUUCCUCUGACUACUCAUGAUAAAAACUAUUUUGCUGCUGAGGUUAGUCUUCUGAAGGAGCUACAUCAUCCUCGUGUAGUACAGCUGAUAGGUGUAUGUACUACAGACAAGUUUCCACUAAUGGUACUGGAGUUUAUGGCACGAGGCAGUCUUUACUACUAUUUACAUGAUCCAAAAUGUGAGUCGAUGGACCAUGCUGAAUAUUAUGGAGUUGCGCAUGAUAUUGCUCUAGGUAUGAAUUACCUACAUCAACACAAACCACAAGUCCUACAUCUUGACCUCAAGUCUAUGAAUGUCCUUCUGGAUAGUAGUGGCAGAGCUAAGAUAGCUGACUUUGGAUUUUCUAAGUUUAGACAUGAUGCAGAUUUAAAAGCAUCAAAGUUAUCAAAAAAGAAAAGCAUGUGUAGCUCACCAACUUGGAUGGCACCAGAAUUGUUGGAGACAGGGGAGAUAACCACUAAAGCUGAUGUUUAUAGUUUUGGCAUUAUCCUGUGGGAAAUGUUAACAAGGAGCCAUCCUUAUGAUGGUUGUUCUGUGUUCCAGAUCUUGGAAAGAGUGAGGUUGAACAAGAGACCAGAAAUUCCUACGAAUAGUCCACCAGAUUUGUCAUCGUUGAUAAAGAGAUGUUGGGAUCAAAAUCCUGCAAAAAGACCUGCAUUUAAAGACAUCAUUUUGCAACUUGACAAGUUAGCAUUUCCUCCAGACUGGAGAGCUCUUUUCAAAGAAGCAGGUGUACCAAAUGAAGCAUUAGAAGAUGUGCAGUCAGCCAGAACCAUUAUCAGCCUAGUCAACAACACUGUAGAUCUUGAAAAUGUUAAGACCAUGAUGGAAGAUAUAAGACAUUCAAAUGAUGCCAUAAUGGCAUCACAUGACUUGACAAGAGAAUCAGAUGUUUACAUUAACCAAUCAAAUGAUCAGAAUAGGUAUCCUAGCAACUCAGCCAGGGAAUCAUAUAACUUUUCAGUUCAGUCUAGGGAACCUCAAAAAAGUCUGACAGCCACAAGGAGGUCACACGACAUGAUGUCAUCGUCAAGUAGACAUUCUUAUGAUAAAGCAAGAAAUUCUGGAGAAUCUAUUCUCACAAGAAAAUCAUUUGAUUCACCAUUUUCUUCAACGAGGAAUAAAAAGUUUGACGAUGAGAAAAAUGUUGGCGAUUCUAUUGAGGAAGAAAUUGGAGAAAUUGACGAUGUUAGAGAUAGUUUUGAUUUUAAAUUUAAUACAAAUUUUAUGGAAGAUUCUCAACAUGAACAAAAUCAAGAUGAGAAAUUUUUCCAGAAAAGUCAGACAUCUUUAAGAGAUUUCAAAACUUCUGCACAUGGGGAAGACACAACCUCUGAAUACUUAAAUUAUCUUAAAAGGUCAUGUGAAAUUUUAUCACCAACGAUUAGAAGUCCGAUGACUAGUAAAUAUUCAGAUAAUAUGAAGGAUUUUCUUUACACUGAUUUUGAAAAGUCUGACCAAACAGGUGCUGUAAUUGAAACAAUUGCUAGUAUUCCAAGAUCUAAAUCCCCGCUGGAUAAUUUGAGGAAAUCAGAUCAAGGUUUGGAUCAUGAAGUUUUGAACUCAACAAGGUCAUUAUCUGACAAAAAUCAAUCAACUGGAAAGUCACAUGAUUCCACAGUAAGAAAGUCACAUGACACACUCCUGCAGGAGAUAAGAAAAUCAAAAUCCAGUCUAGAAAAAGAAACAUCACAGAAGUUAAUGACAAGGCCAGAAAAUGAGGAAAAAGAUCUGAAAAGUUCAAUGGAAAAUCCACAAUCAGAUUUAUCUGAUUCAUCAAUAAGAAAAUCACAUGAUGCUGCUCUGAAAGAAAUGCUUAAUUCAAAAGCUUAUUCUAAAACUGAUACAUCAUCUAAGAGGUCACAUGACCACUUAAAGAAAGAAUCUACUCCAAGAAAGUCAAAUGAUGACUUAAAUGAAAGUUCCCUCCUUAGGAAGUCACAUGAUAGUUUGAUGGAAGAUUCUCCACCAAGACAGUCACAUGAUAAAUGGAAGAAAGAUUCAACUCCAAGAACGUUGCAUGAAAGUAUGAUGGAGGAAAUGUCUCUCAGAAAGUCACAUAAUUACAUAAAGAAAGAUUCAUCUCCGAGGAAGUCACAUGACACUAUCAUUGAUGAAUCUCCUAUCAGAAAGUCACAUGAUGCCUUAGAGAAAGAUUUGACUCCAAGGAAAUCACAUGACAGUAUCAUUGAUGAAUCUCUUCUCAGAAAGUCACAUGAUGUCUUAAAGAAAGAUUUCACACCAAGGAAGUCACAUGAGAGUACCAUUGAUGAAUCUCCUCUCAGAAAGUCACAUGAUUUCUUAAAAAAAGAUUCCACCCCUAGGACGUCACAUGACAGUAUCAUUUAUGAAUCUUUUAUUAGAAAGUCAAAUGAUGACACAAAGAAAGAUUCCACCCCAAGAAGGACCAAUCAUGCCAACGUGAUGGAUGAAAUAAGAAAAUCAGGCAAACUAUUUAAAAGAGAUGGGAAGAAAAAUCCACUUUCAGCAUUUGUUGAUUCAAAGGAUGCAAAUUCUCAAAAACCUGCUAAGGUUAGAGCUAAUGAAAAUUCGGAAGAUGAAAACUCCAUUUCUAAGAAUAGUGAUGCCGAACAGGAGGUUUUAGCUGCAUUGAAAACUGACCUAGAUUCUGGAAAAAUUAACACAGUGAACACUGAAGAAAUUAUUAAACAGGACAAUGAGGUCAAAUCCAAACUAAGUUCAAAAGAUAGGUCAAAUGCAUCGAAAAAAGGUCCUCAACAAAAUUUACUGACAGAAAUGAAAAGUUUGCACUCAAAAUUGCGAAGUGAAAAAACUGGACAUGUCGAAGAAAUAAAGCAACUUCAUACGAAGCUAAGAAGUGGGAAAAUAGUAAACGAAAAAGCGGAAAACAGUUCUGCCAAUGGAAAAGAGAUUAAGGAUAAUAUUUUUGAGAAGGAUGAUACUAGUGAUAAGGAUUCCAUUGAAAAUAUAGACAUUAAGGAUGACCUUGACAAUCUCUCUGUUGAUAGCCUUGACCUUAAUGACAGUAUAACAGAAGAUAUUGGUCACAUGACUAAUCCACAGAAGAUUGAUAGUGAGGCUAAUUUUAGUGAAACUAUGAAAAAUGAGAGUGGAUUUUCAAAAGUUGAAAGUGAUCAAGAUAAUGAGAAAUCUUGUUCAAUGUCGAAGAGUAAAACUGUUAAUGUUGACCAGAAGAAAGACAUAAAUAACAGUGCUAAACCAUUGCCAGAAAAUUCAAAUACGGGUAAAAAUAAUAGUGUCAAAAACUUGCCAGAUUUGAGAAUGUCGUUGAAUAUGGAAAUAGCCCAAUUUUCUACCAGUAAAUUAAAAGGAAAAGAAAAGGGGAAAACAGAACAACCAAAAGAAGAUAAUAAAGAAAAGGGGAAGAAAAAUGCAAAAGAAAUUGUGAAAACCAAACCAAAAAAGAAAUCAAAAUCUGUACCAGAAAAGAAAAUGGCUGCAAAUGAAAAUCUUACUGAUAGUAAUGAGAAAUGUUCAGAAAAUCAAACAAAUCCUAAAAACCGUAAAAGUAUAGAGGCUUGGGUUGAAGAAAAAGCAAAACCAGCCGUGACAGAUGCAAAGCAAAAGCAGCGUAAAAUAUCAACUUCUAGUUUGCCCUCCCAUCCGCCUCCUAUUUUGCUUCCUGACGAUCCACCGCCUAUUUUCAUUUCUGAUGAUCCACCCAUUCCACCAGCACCACCUAUACCAACAAUGGAGUUGACUCCUCCACCAGCUCCUCCCUUGCCAGAACAGGAUACUCCAGUAGGGGAGACAACUAAUUCUAAGAUCAAAAAGAGACUGGAGAUUCCUGAGGCAAAGCAUUCCAGUCAUGAGGCAACACCUUCAAAUUCUACUAAAGCCAAAAUACCAGCAAAGGGAGACGAUUCUGAUCCAUUAAUGGUGAAAUCAGCGGAAUUGAGAGAUCAGAAGGAAGUGUUGCAAUCAAUAUCGAAGCCACAUCCCAACCAGCUCACGGAUCUUUCACAAGUCAACAAACAGACUUACACAUCUAUAGCUGAUAUUCUGAAAAGGGCUAACUGGACUGACUUAAGAAUGGCAGUUUUCAGCAGGAGAGAAGCUAUGGGAGAAGACAAUUACAGUCCGUCACCAUCAGUUGCCAGUAGUUGGUCUUUUGUGGAUGAUUAAAACUGACUUUCUUUUACCAAAAAAUCUUAUAUUAACAAAUUCUGUUGUUUUAAAAAUUUCAGUACUUACAAUCAAUAAGAAUAAUAAGAUUUUUUGGUGAAAAGACGUAAAAAGCCAAGCUAAUGGAACUAAAUUGCUUUUAAUGGUGGCAUGGUGAGGAUUAAAGUUGAAAGAAAUACAGAGAAAAAAGACUAUAGACAUUUUUACUUUAAUGUUUAAGGAUGCUAUACUACAUAUUUGGAGAGAAUCCUUUUGGAAAAGGGAAAUAGCUAUGAUAACAGUUAGAGAAACUAAAACUGGUUUGCAGGCCAGAUUGGGUUUGUUAGUUUAUCUAUGUACUGUUUAGUGUUAUGAACAAAAUAUUUGAGUCUAAAAGUUGAUAUGGUGGCAUUUUGUAAGCCUUUUUUCGAUAUCUUAGUUUUAAAGCUUGAUUGCAUAAUUAAGGAAACUUUUGAUUUUGACUGAGGCUUGAGAAUAGGAAAACAUGCAAAAAGGAAAUUCUCAUCAUGCCAGAAUUGGGUGAUUUAAUUUCUCAGGAAUUUUGGAUUUAGAAAUGACAGUAUUAAAUGUAACAGCAUUCUGGAAGGAACACCUUCGAGAAUUUAGGUGUUUAGUUCUUGUUGUUUUAGAUUUGGAACCCACAGUUUUUACUUUAUUUACUUAAUAAAAUUCUUAAUGUCAGAGAUAAAGAGGGGAAAAAGCAUUUGCUUCCAAAGGUUAUUUUAUAAGUUCUUAUUUGUUUUAAGGGCUGGUUAAUUUUGAACAGAUAUAUAAUAUUUUAAGGAGGGGUAUAUGAAAAAUCGAGGAAGAUAAUUUUUUUUCUCAAGAUUGGAAUUUUUGCAAAUACCCCUUCUGAAAAUGCUUUAACUGUUAAAUUGCAUUUCAUAUCAAUUGAGAUGUUUCAGUAUAUAUUAAAAUAAAGUUUGAAGUUUAAGUUGCUUAUAAAUUGUUGGGUAUAUACUAAAAUGAAUUGAAACAGGUAGAGGGAAUUUGUAAGAAUAAGAUUUUAUAAUGUAUUAAUUGAUGGUGGAAUGUGAGUGGUUCAAAAUUACAUUUAAAGGAAGGAAAUACUGUAAAUUCAGAAAUUAUUGCGAUGUUUUUAUUAUUGUGAAAAAUGCGACAGGGUUAUAAUUGCAAUAAUUUAAACUCGCAUUUUAGAAUUUUUUAUUUGAAUUAAACAGGAUUUUUCUCAAUUUCGCAAAAAUUAAAAUCGCAUAUUAGUCUAAAAUAACAAAAUCGCAAUAAUAAAUGCAGGCAAUAAUUUCUGAAUUUACAGUACUCUAAUUGUUAUGGUGUUUUCUGUUAUUUGAUUGUAAGUUAUAAGAAAAGGCAUCUUUCAAAUACAUUUACGUUUGUGAAAGAGAAACAAACAACCGAAGUUUUAAUAUUAUUGCUUAAUACUGAAAAGAAAUAUAAGUAAACAGAGAUUGGUUUAGUAAAAACCAUUGAUGCUUUAAUAUGCACAUGCUUCUUGACAGCUUUACUUUAUGUGUGUUUGAAUCUCUAAAUAAUUUAUUUAAUGAUGUUUUGAUUCUUUAAUAAUUUUUUUACAUUGACACAGUUGUUAAUCAUACAAAUGGGCCAAAAAAUGUUCUACUUUAAAAGCAUGAAUGAAAAUCAACUUGUAUAAUACUCUAUAAUUUAGUGUAUUUUUAUAAUGUAAUGACCAAGUGCUUAUAUUUUGAAAAUUGAAUUUGAUAAUGAAAGUGUUGUUUUAGAAAUAUUGCAUUUGCUAUAUAAAUACACUACUUUUUAAAAUACCAUCGAAAAUAAUCAUUAAUAUCAUUAUUUGAUUAAAGUCGAGGGCAUGUCCCACUUAUUCUGGGAUGAAGAUUGAACUUGGUUCUUUUGUCUGUAUAUCUGAUAAACAUAUAUUCAAUAGUCUAUUUGCUGAUUACCGAUUAAAUGCUGUUAUUUCACACUUUUUAAAAAAAAUUGCUUCCCUUUGUCAAUGGCAGACUGGUUCUUUACUGGACAAAAUGAGUUUCUGCCCAUGCAAAGCUCCAUAUUAAAGUGAAAAGCAACUACUGAUAUCAAAAGUUUUUUGCUUAACAAAUAUUAAACAUAAUCAAAAGAUUUGAAAAACGUAAAGGUUACACUUAUUACUCAUGAUACAUUUACUCUUUCUGCUAGCUCUUUGUUGUUUAUGAAAGUUUAUGUCCCUCCUAACGGAGACAACUAAAAAUGGAUCUCUAUAUACAUAGUCAAUUACGGGAAUUGGCUAAUAGACAACCAAUGUCACUAAAUUACAGACAAUUAAACAUCCUUAACAAUAAGAAUGUAUGACCGUGGUGUGUUAACAGGUAGCCAAUAGUACAAUCUAUAUAGGUUGAGCUUUAAUAGAGUAAUGAACUUGCAAUGGUAUUUUUAAAUGCAGUGUAAUUGUUGAAAUAUUUUUAUGGCAUUUUUAUCUGUUUUUUUGUUCGUGUAAUAAUUUUUGAAACAAACAUGUUUUUAAUGAAUUAGUUUGACACAUGGUGUAUGGCUAGAUUGCACAUUGUUUUGGUGAUGAAAUGUAAAUUUUGGUAAAAUAGGGUUAUACUAAAUAUUUAUAUUAUUGUUGUGAUAAAAUCUUAUGUUGAGAAAAUCUCCAUUUUACACUUGUUGAACAUAUCACUAAGUCUUAUUGGACCAGAGCCCAUCUUUCAAUUAUUUGAUAAAAGUUUAACCUUGCACGCUUCUAUUUAUGUGCUCAUGAAAAAAGAUGGUUGUUUAUAGUACAUGUGUAGCUGGUUCUAUUUUUGUUUUGAAUAGAUAUACUAUUCACUUAUUUCUGUUUAGAUUACUACAAAUGGUAUUGGUAUAUGCCUUUUAAUUUAGGUCAGCUUUUGGUGGUUCAUAUGUUAAAGGGAAAGACUUGUCAAAAUAAUUGUUUUUUUAUAACUUUAUUUUAUUUUGAACAAAAGAAAUUAUAAUAAUCAAAAUUGACAACAACACUUCAAAUGGUCUACAACUAUAUAAAGUUGCAAACCAUUUGAAGUGUUCUUGUCAAUUUUGAUAAUUAUUUAAGUGUUGCAUUCAUUUGCAUUAUUUGACAACCUGGCAUACCAAGGUAUUCACUUCAUGGACUCUACCAAAAGGAUUCACACAGGCGUUGGUUCACCAGACGGAGUUUAAAAGAAAUGAUAGUUAAAGCAUACUUCUAUUACUGACACUGAAAAAAAAGCUUGAUAUUUACAAUCAAGCUUGUUUUAUACAGCUGUCAGAUACCCCUAAAAUGUUUAAACAGAUUGAAUUUGUUGAGCAUUUAUAAGAUUUGCUAUUUUCAGGGGAAAAACUGAAAGAACAACUGCAAAUCUUUAAUUUAAAAACUCUUUAAUACAUAAUUUCCAUUUUUUUAAGAGUUGCUUCCCUUUGCAAACAAUUCAUAAAUUUAAAACAAAGUUGGUAACUUAAAAAGAACUAUUGCUAAAACUUUGACUUUUAUUGUAAGUUUUUAUCAAAGACUCAGGAAUUAUAAAUGAAAGAGCAGGAUUUAAUGAGAAGGACAGGAAUGUCCUCUUUAUCGUAAAAUAGUUUUAUAUUUAGGAAUAUUGUAUCCAAAUGAAUAUAUAUUUAUACAUGUAUUUAAUAUGGUUGUGAUUGUAAUAAGGAACAUAUUUUAUUAUCUAUUGAUAAACAUGAGUAAUUAUCUCCUAUAACAAUGUCCAGGACAGGAAACAAUUCAAAUAAUUUUAGUGUAUGGACGAUGAAAUUACCCAUAAUCCUUUAGGUUUUAAAUGAGAAAUUGUGAUUGCAUGAGCUAAAACUAUGGUCAAAUAUCCGGGCUUAUAUGACAUUGUUUAAGCCUAAGGCGAGUUGAAUAGCUUUAUUUGUAGUUCUUCUUUUAUGAUCUUUAUUUUUGUAACACUAUUUUUUUUAAUAAUUAAAAAAUCAGCACUGGAAUGAUACUACUAUACCACUGCUGGUGAACUGUUUGUACCAGAGCUCAGUACUCAAUGCUUUUGUACUGACACGAUUUCAUACAUAUUUUUCUAAAAUACUAUCAUGUUGAUCAAUUAAGUAAACUAUAAGAAACUUAGGUUCCUUCUCUCUGAGGCAAAGUUGACUUUAGGUGAAUGUCUUCUGAACUGUUAUAUAGAAUUAGUAUUUCACACAGUUUCUUAUCACCCUUAUAUUCUAAACCAACUUAUUUUCACAAAUAUUUUAUUUUACAAUUAGCCCUUUCCAGCGAUUUUGUUUUCAUGAUUUUCCUUAUUUAUUUAUAUAAGACAAGACUCAAUUUGUUCACAUUCAAGACAAUUUAUUUCGCUGAUUUUUCUUCUAAGAAUAAGUGGCGAGAAUAAAUUGUUCAGGAAAAUAAGUUGGUUUACAGUAGUUGAUUUUUUCUUCGAAAAAUAGAGAGAAAAUAAAGAAUAAUAAUACUACAUCACUCUCUCUUCUUUACUCUCUUUCUCACAUGCCUAUGAAGAAAUCCCUAUGCUACACAUGAACAUUGCAUAAUAAUCUAAAUAUUUACAUAAUCAAGACCUGCCAAUAUUAACCCUUUACCUUUUUCAAACUUUUUUUUUCAUUUGAUGUCUCAGUUAAAGGGAGAUAACUUACUCAUGUUCAUCCUUAACACAUUUUUUUAGAUCUCUUUGUUGUACGAGGGUCUGGUUGUGGGGUCUUUCAUUUCUUUAUUCUAUAGUAUUUUAAAUAUUUUGUCUCCAUUCUUUAUUUAUUUUGCCCAUUAUUCUUUAUAUCUAUAUUUUAAUACCCCAUUAUUCUCUUUUUUAUAAAGAUUGCUUAUUUUUUCUCUGUUCUUUUUUGUUUGGUGCCAUUUUUUGCACUUUUAUUCCAUUAUUCUAUAUUCUGGAAACCCCAUCUAGACCCUCUUGUACACAUUUGCCUAUGCAAAUUACUAAUCUGUGAUACACUAUUUUACCAUUCCAGCAAACAUUUAUAUCAUUGUAGCUUUUUUCUUUAGUUAUGAAUAUUUAUGUUGUUUUAGUUCAGUGCCAAGUUAUGAUGAAUUUUAAUAAAAAUAAAAUUUCUAAUAAAUUGUCUUAAAGUU